AUGGAGAUGUUGCUCGAUCGGGGAACCCGCACGUACAGUUGGUUAGACGCUGACAAAGCCCCGGUUUACAUCCUGCCAAGUUGGAUCGGUUCUUCAUUCGAUACAGGCGACCCCGACACUUGGCUUCCUCCAGAUCAAUUGACCCAAGCAGGUGUAUUCCCAGAAUUCGGUGAUGAUGAGGGUGACGACGCAGAGGAACAAGAGGAAGAAGAUGACGAAGAGGACGACGAGAUGCCCGAAGCUGAAGACCAUUUUGACCAACCCUCGAUGCAGCAAACCGAUGUUUCAGCACGAUCAGUUCCAGGCCCCUCCACAUCAUUUUGA